UUCACCCAUGGGGAAUAGCAGGAGUGGGGCACUGUCCAAGGAGAUCCUGGAGGACCUGCAGCUGAGCACCAAGUUCACAGAAGAGGAGUUGUGCACUUGGUACCAGUCCUUCCUGAAGGACUGCCCAAGCGGACGCAUCACCCGGCAGGAGUUCGAAAGCAUCUACUCCAAGUUCUUCCCUGACGCGGACCCCAAGGCCUAUGCCCAGCACGUCUUCCGCAGCUUUGACUCCAACAGUGACGGCACGCUGGACUUCAAGGAGUAUGUGAUCGCCCUGCACAUGACCACAGCGGGCAAGCCCAGCCAGAAGCUGGAGUGGGCGUUCUCCCUCUACGACGUGGAUGGCAAUGGGGCCAUCAGCAAGAAUGAGGUGUUGGAGAUCGUCAUGGCUAUUUUCAAAAUGAUCAGCCCUGAGGACGUGAAGCACCUUCCUGAGGAUGAGAACACGCCCGAGAAGCGGACGGAAAAGAUUUGGAGUUUCUUCGGAAAGAAAGAGGAUGAUAAACUUACAGAGGAAGAAUUCAUUGAGGGGACCAUGGCCAAUAAGGAAAUUCUGCGCCUGAUCCAGUUCGAACCCCAAAAAGUGAAGGAAAGGAUAAAGAAACAGUGAUGCCUAGGGCUCAGCCCUCAUCACUGCCCUCACCACUCACACCAACACCCCCAAAAGCACACAUGCACACACAGACACACACACACACGCACACACAUGCAAGCACACGCGUCCACCCAGGACCAGGAGACUGGCUCCCCAGUCCCCACAGCAUAGACCCCUGCCAAACCCAAGUGUUGUUGGCCACCCACCGGUCUUUCAUUCCCUCUUUGGUUAGUCUUCCUGAUGUCACACCUAACUGCCUUGCCUCCCCGGCCCCAAUCCCAGGAUUAGUGUCUAGGAUUCCUAAAGGUCACCUCCUGUAAGCUCCUUUGUGGAUUGCUGGGUAAGCAGCUUCCAAUAAAUG